AUGGAGUUUAACAGACGCUACCUGCCAAUGGAAUGGGAAGAGCGAUGGAGAAGAGAGAAGGAGAGGACGAAAAGAGUGAUUGAAGAAGGUGGAGAUGAAGGAAUAGAGCAAGAAAAACAGGCACUGAGAAGAAUUGUAGCUUACAAUGACACCAGAAUGGGGCUGACGAAUGGGAGGGGUAAUAAAGAGGGGUCAGAGGUGAGGGCGAGUUGUUCAAGUCAGGAGGGAACAGUGGAUCCUAUCAGCAACGAGGCAUUUGAGGAUGAGGGACAUGGCGAUCAUGUCCGUGCAUAUCGCAAUGAAACUUGUGCAAAUGAUGUGUUCACUGCCCUGAAGGAACUCUGGGAUUCAUCCCUUCUCACAGACCUGACUUUGACCACUGAUAAGAAACGCUUUGAAGUUCACUCCACUGUUCUUGCUGCUGUCAGCUCCUUUAUCCGUGAUGAACUUAGAUCUGAAAAUGUGGAACAAUCAGAUAAAGGGGUCCAAAGGAUGUUGCUUACUCUGGGUCCUGAGGUUGAUCAUGUAGGGCUACAGGCAGUUCUGGAGUUUGCCUACACUGGAGCAGUGUUGUCUCUGAACCAAAACAGUGUGGUUCAGAUUAAGUCUGCGGCUCAAGCGUUGGGGGUUCCUAGAGUACUGGAUCUCUGCCAGAAAGAGGUGAGGCUAAAGGAUGGUGGAAGUCCAGAAAAAGAAGAACAACAGAUCUCAGCUCUGGAGGAGAUGAAGAUUACUCUAAAGUCCAUCAAACAGUUGUGGGAUGAUGGAGUGGGAUGUGAUGUGGAUUUGGCAGUGGACGGUGCUUUAUUCCAUGUCCACAGAGUAAUCCUUGCGGCAAGCAGUGACUACUUCCGAAGCAUGUUCACCUGUGGGAUGAAGGAAUCUCAUCAGACCUGUAUAAACCUUCCUUUCCUGUUAGCUUUUGAGUUGGAGGCUCUCAUUGGCUACUCCUACAGUGGGAUCCUUCCACUGAGCUGGGACUGUGUCUUUGAGAUCACCUGCACAGCCCUUCAGCUUCAGUUCCAACCAGCCUCCUCAGUUUGCUUCAACUUCCUGCAACAAGAAAUGGAUGAUGGCUCCUGCCUGGAUGUGGCAUCUUUUGCUGAAGCCUAUGGGAUAUCUGACCUUCAUGAAGAAGCCAACGACUUCGUACUGAGGAAUUUUUGGGAGGUGUCAACCACGGCAAAGUUUAAGGACCUACCCGCCGAGAAGCUUCUAGACAUUAUCCGCUCUGAUGGUCUGUGUGCGCCCUCAGAAUUGGCUGUAUUUCGAGCGGUAUCCUCCUGGGUCGAGGCGGAUCCUGAGGAAAGAUUGGGUCAGGCUGGCUUAUUGAUGACUGGAGUCCGGUUCCCCCUUAUGACCUUCCGAGAAUUUAGGGAGGUCAGGGCAAUUAACCUGCAUAUGGAGUGCUUUGGAAACAAGGAAGUGGAACUUUAUGGUUCAGCACUCAAGGAAUUUGGAUUCAGCCUUCCCAAAAGCCAGGAUCAGUGCCGGAUCAGGCAUCCUAAAGACGUUCUGGUUCUUGCCGGGGGAGACCAACUGAAUCCAGAUAUGGGUCAGCGCAUACCAAGCAAGGAGUUAUGGUUUGCAAACUCUCUUCGCAGCGGUACAGGGUUGGUUAAAGAGAUGGAGUGGAGAAAGCUGGGGGUGAUGCCAGACAAGCCAAAGUUCAGGCAUGGAGUAGCAGCAAUGCUGGGAAGGUUGUAUGUGGUUGGAGGAUGUGAUUUCUACACCAAGGACGACAUGAUGAAAUCUGCCUACAGCUAUGACCCUGUGAAGGACAGCUGGAAGAGGUUAGCUGACAUGCAGGAGUUUAGAAGUAACUUCUCAUUGGUUGUAUAUGAGGAGCAUCUUUACGCCAUUGGUGGGGAUAGAGAGCUGAAUACCAACCUAGACAGCGUUGAGAUGUACAACCCAGACACUGACUCAUGGAGCUUUGUCCGGCCCCUGGAUCAGGCUCUGAGUGGUCAUGCUGUCACUGUCUUGGAUGAAGGAAUCUUCAUCUCCGGAGGUUUUAACUGUAAGUACGUGUGUCUGGUUUCCAUGUUCCUGUAUCACCCUCAAAGAGGCACCACCUAUCUGGCAGACAUGAGCCAAGACCGGGCCCAGCAUUGCAUGGAACCCCUGCGAGGUCUUCUUUACGUUGCUGGCGGUGUCUGCAACCUGAGGAAGUUUUACACCGACCAGCAAGCCUGCGAGGUUUAUGAUCCCGUGUCUGACUCCUGGAACGCUUAUGCGUCACUUCCUGUUCCUCAUGUGGGUGCAGCAUCGGCGGCCCUGGAGGGGAAGAUUUAUGUACUGGGAGGAUACUGCCUGGACGAUUACAGUGAGUCUGGACUGGUCCACCGGUUCAAUCCCAGCACACAGCGCUGGGAGAACAUGGGGAAACUGCCGGGGGCUGUUACUGACAUACGGGCCUGUCUGCUCCGAUUGCCAAAACAUCUUAGACUUUAGAACCUGGCUGUUAAUGAAGAAAACUUUGAGAAGCUGACAGACACGUUUGGUGUGAUCUAGAAAAAAUAAAGCAUAACGAGCAAAUGCAGCUCAGCUAAAAAUAUGUUGGCUUUCACGUUGCAUACUUAUUGCAGCCUGCUUUUUUCACAUCUGCCAAUUAUUGGUCAGUUUUCUGACGAAAGUAUGUAGACCAGAAACAGCCUGUUUUACAA